AUGCCUGAUCGAUCCUCUCAAGCAAGGGGCCGGCCGCUGCGCCGUGUGUUGCCGGCUCCCGCCCAACAAGCUCCGGUAGCGGCGGCUCCAGCUCCUCCGCCGUCCUCGAGGCGCGACGUGAUUCUGGCAGCUUGUAACACGUGCCGUAAGCAAAAGACAAAGUGCUCCGGCGAGCGGCCAAGCUGUAGCCGUUGCCUCCAGCGCCGAAGCGAAUGUCUCUACACAACCCAGCCCGGCGAAACAACCUCCCAGGCCCUCAAACGAGGCUACCGGGACCUGCGCCAGCGCACGAGCGUCCACGAGGAGCUGUUCGAGCUGCUGCGGAACCUGCCCGACCGCGAGGCCGACCACGUCUUCAAGAGGAUCAGGGACGGCGCCGACGUGAACACGAUUCUCAACCUGAUCCGAGCGGGCAACCUCCUGCUGCAGAUGGCCGUUGCGCCCGAGACGCGGUUUCGAUACGAGUUCCCAUAUCGGUCUGAGAUGCCGGACUACUGCAUUGAGAACAACCCUUACCUGGACUCGAUCAUCUGGGGCGCGGCGUCGUUGUAUGCGCACCAGGAUAGGCAGCCUGACGUCCUGGCUGCUGCUUCUGCUGCCGGGAGAGCUGGUGAUUACGGGACGGAGGGAUAUGAGAGCAUCUACCUGAAGCCGUUCCAUGCGGCCGAAGUCGUCGAUCCUCGGUUGAUCGAUGCCAGGAUAUCGCGGUGGACGUCGGUCAGCAAUGACGAUGCGCUUAUGCGAGAGAUGCUGGCGGUGUUUCUGCGGUGCGAGUAUAUGUUUACAUCGGCAUUCCAAAAGGAUUAUUUCUUGGACGACCUGGUGGCUAAACGAGACGAAUUUUGCUCGUCGUUGCUCGUCAACAUCAUCCUCGCUUAUGCCUGCGUUUGUUCCCAACGAGUAUCAAACCGCGCCGAAUACUGGAAUCCCGACACGCUCGUGUACCGCUUCCUGGCCGAGGCGAAACGCAUCUGGGAGUUGGAAGCGCACGAACCACGCAUCACCACGAUUCAGGCCGGGAUCCUCUUCAGCGUCUUUCACAAUCUCUGUGGACUGGAUGAAAUUGGCCAGCCCUAUAGGCUUCAGGCCAUAGAGCUAGCUCGAGAGAUUCGUCUUUUCGACAGUACUGUGGGCGGACGCAGCGAGAAGAUGAAGAGGUGCAUGUCGUUUAUGGCAUGGACCUUGUUUAGCUGGGAAUCUCUUGUUGGCUUCUCCUUCCUAUUCUCCCCUUUAAUCAAAGAGCCACCAAACUGGAGGCUGCCGGACCCCUCAAAGGAGCCAAACUGGUAUGGCGAGAUAUGGCUCAAGUAUCCUUUGAGCACGACCCUCUCGCCGUCGUAUUUCGGCUACAUCUUUCGAUCGAAAUGUCAGUUUCGGGUCAUUAUGCAUGAUUUUGCCUUAGCAGCGUAUACAGAGGGCUCGCAGGUGACGGUUGAAAAAGCGUACGAGCUUCGUCAGAGACUGAAAAGCUGCACCUACUACCACUACCUCAUCAUCACCAUCUUCGAACCCCUCAUCGACACAGAAACAAACAUGUACCAAGAGCCCUCUCCCAGGGAGAUCAUCGCCGAAUCCAAACGCCAUCUGCAAACCCUCAUGCGCCUCUACUACCUCCGCCACGGCUACGACGCCAUGGACCUCUUCCUCGUCGUCCCCCUGAUGCUCGCCGCCUCCGAAUGCCUCGAGGCCAUCGACGAGGGGACCACCGGUCAGGACCUCGAGGUCCAACGCUCGACGCUCAUCCUCGUCGCAAAGGGCCUGUACGACCAGCGCCGCAACCACUACCUGGCUGAAGCACUGUUCCGAGUUAUUCGGGGCCGCAUGCGCCCUCCGGAAGUCGCCCUUCUGAGGGAGACGAUGAACCUUGACGACAAGGAGUGGGAUGAGAAGCGGGAUAUGGUGCAGGCUGUGAGGAGUUCGUGGCCGGUAAGCGUGGUGAAGAAGAAGGAGACUGUGGAUUCACAGAUCUUGACGAACCUCGUUGAGAACUAUGGGCAUUUGAAUGUGGAGGAUACUGAUGCCCCACAAGGCCUUCAUCCCAGAGACAAACAAAAGUUAUGGAGCUGA